CUUCUCCAUAACAAUUUGGAGAUUUAUAGCAGCCAAGAAAAACACCGAAUCUCGGGUUACAUCUCGACGUCUGGCUUUCCUGGCUGUAGACCAUCACAGUGAAAGAGCAAGGGAGACUCAGCCAGACGACUACGACGUUCAUAUGGACGAAACCGCGAAAGAGUGGGAAGGUGAUUUUGAUCCAAUGGCGGAUCCCGAGGAGCAGAAACACCUUCUGUCGGUCUUAGACUCCUUCCGUUCAUAUCGCCGCCUAGCGCACUUCAAUGGGACCCAUGUUCGUCGACAGGCGUUCUAUUCACUACCCCAAGAGCACUGGAUGCUUCUCUCGAAGCCGCCGUUCUCCAUACUUGACACAUUUUCCAACCUCGACGACCUCAUCGAUAGCAAUGCUGAGUUGGCUGAAGCUAUUUUCAUAGCCGGCUUCAAGGCUUUCCUGGCGCCUACGGUCGAUAGCGAAUGGGUAGCUUCUAUUGUCCCCGAGAAGUAUACCCAUAACGAGUAUCAUAUCUACUCGACUGUGAUGGACCACUUGAAAGUUCAAACCUCACAGACCGACAUGGAGAAAGCGCGGAGUUGUGUGAAUCAAUUUUACCGUGAGUGGAGUGCCGAGGGGGUUGUCGAGCGAUCGAAGUGCUUUGAUCCUGUUGUAGCAGCUUUAGAGGACGAGUACCGUUCGCGGACAAAACUAGCCCCUAAUCUGGACAGAUCUGAACUCAAGGUCUUGGUCCCAGGGGCAGGCCUCGGGCGUCUGGUCUAUGACGUUUGUCGUGCCGGAUUCAGUGUUGAAGGGAACGAAAUCUCAUACCAUCAGCUCAUGGCCAGCGCACUUAUACUAAAUCACACACAAAAUGUCGGGCAGUUCAAGAUUGCACCCUUUGCUCUCAGCUGUUCAAAUCACAUCAGCCGCUCCGACCAGUUUCAGACAUUCCAAGUCCCAGAUGUUCACCCCGGCUCUGCGCUCUCCAGUGUAGGGAAGUCGAAAAUACCGGGUCACGAACGUAUGAGCAUGUCAACCGGCGAUUUCUGCGUUCUUUACAGUCAAGCUGAGUACAGCGAAGUGUUUGACGCCGUAGCAACAGUCUUCUUUGUUGAUACAGCGCCAAACAUCAUUCGAUACAUCGAAUCCGUACGCAAUUGUCUCAAGCCGGGCGGGAUAUGGAUCAACCUUGGACCCCUACUCUGGCAUCAUACAUCACGCAAAGAAAGUGAAAGUGACGAUAGUGAGGAAAAGGACCUGAAAAGAGCCAAGGUAGCUGAUGCAGGGAUUGGUGACCCAGGCUCAGUCGAGCUGACGAAUGAAGAGGUACUGGCGCUUGUGCAACACUUCGGUUUCACGAUGGAGGAGCAGGAGUGUAAGACCUACGAGACAGGUUAUAUCUCUAACCCACGCAGCAUGCUUCAGAAUACUUACCGACCGUCGUUCUGGAUAGCGAGAAAGAAGUGACAACAGAGCAGCUAUUUCCAGAAAUAUUUCAAUAUUACAAAGCUCUUUGAUCAAUGACCGCUGUUUGCUGCCUCUGAUCAUGCUACCCAAUCAGAUUGGGAUGCAAACAAACCAGGAAACAGAAACGUUUUAAAUUGUUCUGCACGUGUACACAGCGGGAUUCGAUGAAUUCGCUUUUCGACCAGUCGGCUUUCAGAGAGCGAGCACAAUGUGAGAACCACGAGAAGUCAUGUCCAUAUUCAUUGCACGGCGACCAUGCCAUAACUGAGAAACGCCUGCAAGUCUCAUUCUGUAGUUGGAUACUGCAAUGGAUGAUCAAGGCUUUCAUGUCCUUGUUGCCGAGCAGGAUUAUGGUCUACACAACAGAGUCUCAUAUAUCACAAAAUAGUACCUG